AUGACAAGAGCUCGAACAAGGGCAACAGACGGACAUCAAAAGAUGCAAAUGGAGACUCCACCGUCCCGGGUCGUCUUCGAAAGGAGGCUGCCCACAGAAACAAGAAGGGAAGAUGACGACUGGGCCGGUUUGUCUGACGCGAGAGCCAGGAGAAGGAUCCAGAAUCGUUUGAACCAGCGUUCAUAUCGCCGCAGGAGAGCAGCAGAACGACAGGCCAAAAGGGCAUCAGCUGCCUGCAGGCUACAAAAGCCAGUCUCGCUUGCGCCUCGGAAAGUGGUACCUACAGCGGAUCAAAAAGGCAACGUCAAGCAAACGGCGUCUGGAGGAGAUGCUCUGCUUCCCAAUAACACAUUUGGCCAGGUUACCCUGCGCUCUCAGACAGAGCUUCAGCAAAUCACCUCCCCAGUACAGGGAUGUGCGGUGCUACUUGCGAACCAUGGGAUACGGAGAGACCACCAUUACGCCCGCACGAUCCUCUGGCCCUCGUUCAAGCAUUACAGCCUCAAGACCAACGAGUCCUUAACCUCAGCCUUCUUUCACCUGAGCAUGGUCGAUCAUCUGUUGCUCAACUCAUUUGUCUGGACCGCCGCAUUGGCCAUGUCGAUGCACCUGCCUCAUACCGCCAUUGCCAACGACGCGGUCAUGUUCGCCUGCCAAGCUAGGGCAGUUCAGAGCAUUCGCGAGCAUAUCGACCAGGACCAAGUCACGGACUCUGUGAUUUUUGCAGUCCUUGCCCUCACGAUACGCGACACUGACCCUCGCAUCGCUGCGCACGAGGUAGGUGGAGGAGACCACUGCUUUGGAGGCUUCGAUCCUCCGCUGCGAUCACUCGGUUGGAUCCAUGCCUUGUGGCUGCGCGAGGUGGUCUACAACAUCUCGACGCCUGGUGUUGCGGAACAGAUCCAGUCCACAGACAUCCUACAGGCAAGCUUAUCGCUGUGUCGCCCCAAUUUUACCCUCUGCCACCUCUACCAGCACGUGCUCGAGAACCAUGUCAAGAUGAUCCGACCGCCCCGCGAGAGACUUGACGAGGCAUUUCCCACCAUCCACGACGUUGAUUUCAAGGACCUGCUCCUCGACAUGAGAAUGUACUGCCGAGAGCUAGAGAGGAUCGCGGCAGAAUCGGGUGGUGCGUCUGAGGGCGGCGGUGGCGGUGGCGGUGACGGUGAUGCUGCUGCCAACGACCUGUACCGCCUGCUCCGAUUACCCCGGUACGAGAAUCGAGAGGAAGAACUCUGCCGUCUCGCUGCUAUGAUUUUCAGCUACGGCGUCAUUUACCCUGUCGCCAGGCCAAGACCCUUGCGCGUUCUAGCUAAGCAGUUGAGAAACGAGGUUGAGGACCGCCCGUGUCCUCCUUCGAUGGCGACGUGCAAUGGACCCAUGCUGGCGGGUCGCGGGGAGGCGUUCCUCUUGUGGAUUGCGGUCCUCGGCGCUCUCGCUUCCAAGAACUGCGACGACGACGAAGCCUUCUUCAUCCAUCUCGUGGCAACAUGCUCUGCGACAUUGGAGGUGGUAGACUUUGUCCACCUGCGAGCCCUCGUGUGCAGCUUCCUCUGGCUCGCUGGUGCUCGCGACGAGGGCGCAUACCACGUGUGGACGAAGGUCCGGAGUGUCAUGGAAGAGGUGAGGGAUUCGAACGUGUGUCUGCACCAGCAGCAGGAGCAGGCGCAGGAGACCGAGGAGGAGAAGGAGCCAGGAGUUGUUAGGUCUAUGCACCUCGUGUCUUUGAUAUGUACACUAUAG